AUGGCUGACGCAGGUCUCGUGCAGACCAGUUUAAUCUGGAUCACUUACGCGAUAGCCGUUGUAUGCUGCCUCCUUGCAGCCAUCAUCACAACCUUCACAUGGCAGACGCCGCGCGACCGUUCCGCCGUUGUCAGCAUAGUCGCAAUCGUCAGUCUCACGUCGCUGCUCGCCACCAUCCUUUUGCUUCCUGUCGAUAUAGCCCUCGUCUCCGCCACCGGCUCCGUGUCGCAAGGCACCAAGAAGGAUUGGGCGACUCCCGACAGGGUCAACAACAUACUGCUCACCCUCAAAGUCGUAUACUAUUGCUUGUACAGCGUCGAUGCGUUGCUGUGCCUGGUCGUAAUCCCGUUCGCCUACUUUUGGUACGAGGAGUAUGACGAAAUCGAGUUUGAGGAGCAGGGUAGAACGUGGCAGAGUCGAUUCUGGGCAGCAGCCAAAUAUACCCUGUUCUUCGUCGCCUUGGUUGUAAUCUUGUUCCUGUUGGGCUUCUUCGUACCCGCUCCAGGAGACUCUUCCCAAGGCCAUUGGGAUCUAGAUUACUUCAAGGAUCUCAUUGCUCGCAACCAUGCAGAAAAGGCUCUGACAUUUGCGCUGGGUUUGCUCAUCACAUUGGGUACCCUUUUGUAUGUUGUCUACACAGGGUCGGGUCUUGCGCUUAUGCCCAUUUCUUUCAUCAAGUCCGCGCCGUCCAUCUCGGCCCCUCAACUAUCAGCAACCACAGCAUCUCAGCUCGAACAAAACCGCGAAAGACAGCGCCAGUUAGAGAUGCGGAACUCCGGCCGUCAGGAUGGCAUGUCUCGAAAGGAUCGCCGAGAGCUAGACGCGCUCGUUAGAGAGGAGCAGACACUCGUGCGUCGUGAACGUCUCGCUGCCGAAGCACAAGGCGAAGGAAAGAGCAAGGUGUACCAGGUCUGGCUCAAGGUGUGCGCUCUGUUGCGGCCCGUCAAAAUGCUCGGCGGCAUACUCCUGUUGGCCGUUUCGGCACUCAUAUGGAUAUCAAUGCUUCUCACGGGCAUCGACAAAGCCAAGAACUCGGUCUGCAAGCGACAGUGUGGCUACAUUCUCGGCAGCAUCCACAUCUUUCAGCCUCUCAACUGGAUUUUUGUCAAACUCGCCCGCGUAUUUCCAAUUGACUACAUUCUUAUGGCGCUCUUGAUUCUCUUCCUCUUCAGCAGCACCAUCUCUGGCAUCGCAACUGUGGGUAUUCGCUUCCUCUGGAUUCGCAUCUUCCAGAUUCGCCGUGGCAGGACUGCGCCUCAAGCCUUGCUCAUCGCAACCGUCAUGCUCACACUGGCCAUUCUCGCCAUCAACUAUGCCAUCACCAUGCUCGUCGCACCGCAAUACUCUAUAUAUGGUACGCAAACAUUCUGCUCCAACAAGCCGGAGUACCCAGGAACGCAACCCUCCUGUAAGGGCCAGCCGGACCUCAUCCGUCCCUGCUCCGAGGUACUCGACUUUAAACACGCCAAGGAUAUUUGCACACCGUCUGUCAUGUCCACGUUUCUCAACAGAAUUACCAUCACCUGGCCAUUCUUUGGUAUCGUCGACUUCUGGGCCCAGUUUGUAUUCCUGGCUGUAUUUUUGAUUGUUUUCGUUACCGCCAUUGUGCGGAGCCCAAAGGUGAACGUUGCCGAGCUGGAUGAAGAUGCUGAGGAUGAUGAGGAGGAGAGCUUGCUGGCAGCUACAGGGAGACGCUUCAACGCGACGUGGGAUGAUGUCCGUGGCAGUCGAGCAUAUGGGUCAACGCAGAAUGAGAGAAACGGCAACUCAAGGGCAUAA